AUGACUCCAACUGCAGGAUCUAAGGUAGAAUCUAAAAAUUCUAUUCCUACUUAUGUUCCCUCCCCUCCAUUUCCUGGCAGGUUUGCAAAGUCCAAAAUGGAUGAACAUGAGAAGGAAAUUUUGGAAACUUUUCGCAAGGUUCAAGUGAACAUACCACUUUUGGAUGUAAUUUAUCAAGUGCCUCAUUAUGCAAAGUUCCUCAAGGAUCUGUGCACUAACAAGCAUAGAUUGAAAGGUAAUGAAGUGGUAAGUGUAAGAAAAAAUGUCUCAGCAGUCUUGCAAAAAAAACUUCCACCAAAUUGUAAGGACCCAGGAAGUUUUACCAUCCCUUGCAUUAUUGGUAACACUAGGUUUGAAAAGGCAAUACCAGAUUUAGGAGCAUCUAUUAAUGUCAUAAUAUAUUCUAUUUAUGCUUCCUUAAAUCUAGGAUCACUUAAAGAAAUCGGUGUUAUUAUUCAACUUGCUGAUAGAUCUAAUGCAUUUCCAAAGGGUGUGUUGGAGGAUGUUUUGGUGCAGGUAAAUCAAUUGAUUUUUCCGACAAAUUUCUAUGUUCUUGACAUUCAAGAUGAACCAACAUCUUUGUCGCCACCGUUGCUCUUCGGAAGACCAUUUAUGAGGACUGCGCGUACAAAGAUAGAUGUGCAUGAUGGUAUAUUGACAAUGGAGUUUGAUGGUGAGAUUAUUCGCUUCAACAUCUUUGAAGCAAUGAGAUUAUUAGUACAAAAAGUUUUUGAAUUAUCAAAUGAAGAUGCAUUGGAUACCACUUUGAUUAAAAGCAUUGAUGCUAACAAUCUCACUGAGUUGAGCAAGAAUUUACAAGUGUGCAAGGAUGUUGUUGAAACCGUGGCAUCACUUGAGUCACUACCAAGUAUUCCACCAAGGUAUGAUCUCUCCUAUAUUAUUCUUUCGAUAUCUAAAGAGAAACUUUUACCUUCGGUGAUGCAGGCCCCCACUUUGGAACUCAAACCUCUUCCCGAGCAUUUGAAGUAUGUCUAUUUGGGAGAGGGGAAAACACUACCAGUAAUCAUUGCAAAGAAUCUCACAACACUUCAAGAAGAUAGGCUUAUCCGUGUGCUCAAGGAAUACAAAAUAGCUAUUGAUUGGACAAUAGUCGAUAUCAAGGGGUUAAGCUCUUCUAUGUGCAUACACUGGAUAUUGCUCAAAGAUGGAGCAAAGCCAUCAAGAGAAGCAAAACGUCGUUUGAAUCCUCUCAUGAUGGAAGUGGUGAAGAAAGAAAUUUUGAAAUUAUGA